UGUGUUAGUAACACGUGGAUAAUAAAAGUGAGCGAUCUGAUUUCAUUUUUCGGGCACCCUGUUGGCCUGAAGCUCGAGUAGCAAGUAUCAGUUUCUGAAGAUAUGGUUUUCAAUACAUGAGCCUCAGUUGUCUUCUGCUGUAUGUUGUAAGGAUUUACGGUUGAUGUUCGCUUGCAGCACGUUAAAAAUUCUCAUUUAUGGGUGUUCCUUCAUGAAGUAUUGAAUUGCAAGAGGAUCCAGUUGCCAGCUUGCCUCUCUCGAGGGGCAUUGACUUAAGAUUUCAGUGGAAAAUCAUUGAUGUGGCGCCAGUCCAGCAACUCUCGGUACAGUCCAGCAAAUCUCAACACUACUCUGCAGCCGCCAAUCUAAAUCAGUACCAAGAAAAGUAAAUUGUUACCCCCCGUCCAAGUUUGCCUAAGCAUGAUUCACUCACGAUCGACAACCUGUAUGGUCUUUAAGGCUGGUAAUAUGAGGAAGCAAUGCAGCAUUAAUAGUUUUGUUUUCAUUUGUUCCGAAGUUGAGGGAAUUUGAAUGAUUCACCAUCUAUUUUGUGCUAGAAAGCAACUGCAAGUGAGAAGAAAACUUUGCCCGGAACCGUAGGAAUUUUGCACAAUUGGAAGAACAACCAUUGUUGGUUUCACGAAGGCCUGGAUGGAAAUCACAGCCGACUGAUCCGACAACAGUGGCCGUCGACAUUAUAUUUAUUUGAGAAGGUUUAUACAAGAAAAAAAAGACACAACUUAAAGGAUGCAUCUUUCAAUUAGAAUCAUACUUUGGACAAGUUUGUUGACUUCUCUCUAUGGGACGGUGGAGAGUGCCACUGUUAAUGCGACGUUGCCAUCAAGUACAGCAAUACUGAAUGGCACCAAGAUUGACUUUGUAUUAGAUGCAUUUGAUCCAGCUCCGCCAAGUCGUUACUAUACUCUAAUGAAAUUUGGAUAUAAAAAGACAGGAGUGGCAUUUGCCAGGCUUUACAGUUACAAUGAAUUUACGUCACGUUUUGUACUUGACUCUUCAAUACCAGCAGAAUUUGUUGGGAGGUUGACCACCUCUACGGCUGGAAGUAUACAUAUGGUAUCAAUUUCUCCGAUAUUGUUCACGGAUGAAAAUUACCAGUUUUAUUUUGAGCUGGACUAUGCCAAACAACCUUCAGGUGACCCAGCCAAGGUUGACAGCCAGAAGUAUGAUCUGCAAAAUGUGUACUCAUUGCCGACAUUCAACGAUACAGAAUCGAUGCAAGCUUCUACAACAUUAAUUGAAGGAAGAAACGGGACAAUACAGUGCGUUGUGAGCAGUCGACCCGUUUCAACUGUGACGUGGUCAUACAACAAUGCAACGAUCAAUGCAACUCAGUCAUCAACGACUUCAACUAGUGGCAGUAUCAUUAAAGUGACGAGCGUGUUAAGGAUAAGCAAUCCAUCUUCGUCACUUGAUGGUGAAAAAGUCACUUGCUUUGCAUCGCAUCAGUUCUCUGCUGCUGUGAAUCGCACAACGAUCAUCAAUGUUCAAUAUCGCCCAAAAAACACUUCGUUUUCCGUGGUACCAGCAAUGCUAAAACUAAACCAAAACAUAACACUGACAUGCAGCGCAGUUGGCAAACCAAGUGUCACAAAAUACAGAUUCUACGUCAACGAUAAAUCUAUCGGAAGUUCAACCAGUGGGUCAUUGACUGUAAAUGCUAGUGACUGCACCAGGUAUAAUGGGAAUUACAAAUGUGUUCCUGAAAGUAGUAUAGGAGAUGGAGAAGUUAAGACCCAGUCCGUUGUUGUGACAGAUGAUAUCAAAGUCAAUCCAAGAACAUCUGCGCUAGUAGCCAAUGAAACACAAAAUAUUACGCUCACGUGUGAUGUGUCAGGGUGCCCUUUGCCAACCACACAAUGGCAGAAAAAUGGAAACCCUUUGAAUAGAUUUGGUAGCAGUUUGAAGUUGAGCAGUGUCAGUAAAUCAGACAGUGGGCAGUAUUCUUGUCACGCGGAAAAUGGAUACACCAAUGCGUCUGCACAAAUUCAAGUCACUGUUAAUUAUAAACCAGUGUCCACGGCUUUCACAGCAUCGGUCGCCAAACCAACAGAAGGUUCAGCAGUCUCUUUUAAUUGCAGUUCAGAUUCCUACCCAGCGGCAACAUACAGGUUCUAUCGUGUCGAUAAUAGCGGGAAUGUGUUAGUGAGCAGCUCCGGUUCAGAGAACAGUGGGGUGUACACAAUAUCAAGUGUCAGUUACAGUGGUGCAUACAAUGUCACUUACAAAUGUGUUCCGUACAAUCUUCUAGGAAAUGGCUCGGCCGUUACUACGACAAUAGAAAUACAAGUUCGACCUCGAAUUAUGGUAUCAGCAAUACCUAGUGCAGUGAAUGAGACACAAACUGCUGUUAUCCAAUGCAAGGUCUUAGCUGCUAACCCUGUUCCGUCUCUCGCCAUCACAAAUGCCAAUGGUCUUUCCAUUACCCACACAAACGGAAAUGCAACAUUAAGCAGUGUCACGGCUGAUCAAGCUGGAAUGUACACGUGCACAGCCAGCAACGGAAUUGGGCAACCAGUCACUGGAAAUACCACGUUGACUGUCAAUCACAUACCAGACAAGAUCAACUUGACAUCUUCCAACAACAAACCUGUCAAUGGUUCGUCUGUCACGUUAACUUGCUCUGCUCGUGGAACCCCUGAACCUCAGUACAGGUUUUACGAUGGUCUCACCAACUCAAUUGUCCAGGACUCUUCCAGUGGGACAUACAUCACAGGUCCUCUGAACUACGAAAUCGUAACAAAUUACAGCGCGAUUUUUCGUUGCAUACCUCAUAAUAUGAUGGGAAAUGGAGUUACAACUUCGAUAGCUCUUGAUAUUCAAGUGCCACCAAAGAUUUCCCUUUCAAUUACUCCGCAAAAUGUCAAUGAAACUGGUAAUGCCAACAUUGCCUGUGUUGUUGCUGCUGCCAAUCCAACUCCAGUUAUAACGAUCUUGAAUCCCAUGAACCGAACAGUAUCGCACACAAAUGGCGCCGCUGCUCUCACUAAUUUGUCUCGCAAUGAUGCCGGAAUUUAUUCGUGUAGUGCAAACAAUAGUGUGCCUGGGUCCCCGGUUACAAAGACUGCUACUCUUUCCGUCAAUCAUGCUCCAGAUCAACCCAGGAUUACAGCAACAGCAACCAAGCCUGUCACUGGUUCAGCAGUCACUUUGACUUGCUCUGCACGCGCCACCCCGGCAGCGCACUUCCGAUUCUUAUCAGGCAAUGGUUCUGUGUUACAAGACGGUGCUAGUGCCAACUUUGUUAUAGGUUCAUUGAAUUACGUGGAUUUUACAAAUUACACUGCUACUUAUGGAUGCAUAGCAUAUAACUCGUAUGGUGAAGCCCCUCGUCAAGAAAUCGUCCUUGAUAUCCAAGUCCCUCCUGUCAUCUCAUUUUCAAUAAACCCGAGCACAGUCAACGAAACUCACAAUGCAACAAUGCAGUGCACUGUUACUGCUGCCAACCCAGCACCAUCAAUCACUAUACAGAACCCAAAGGGACAAAAUUUGAGUCACACAGAUGGUUUGGUACAACUUGAUUUGAUCACUCGUGAACACGGUGGAACAUAUUCUUGCAUUGCUUCCAAUGGAGUUGUUGGUUCACCUGUGACGCGGACAGCAAUCCUCACUGUAAACCACCGACCAGACAAUGUCAGUAUAUCAGUAUCAAGUCUUAAACCAGUAAAUGGUUCAUCUGUUACAUUCACGUGUUCUUCACGUGCCGGUCCGCCAGCGAAAUACAGGUUCUACAAAGUAACUGGAUCGACGGAGAUCCUUCUUCGGGACUCCACUUCGGCCGUGUACGAAAUCACAAACAUCAAUUAUGCAGAAUACAUUGGGUAUAAAGCAACUGUAAAAUGCAUCCCAUACAAUUCCUUUGGAGAUGGCCCUAGCAGGAAUGAAACUGUCGAUAUUCAAGUGAGCCCGCAGAUAAAUGUUCCAUCCACUCUGAAUGUCAAUGAAGGUCAACGUGCCUCCUUAACUUGUUCUGUGACAGCAGCCAACCCCUCGCCUACAAUUACCUGGAGAGGGCCAGCAAAUAAUGUUUUAAGUAGCACCAAUGGAGUGCUUGUUAUGUCGCCUGUCAGGAGGGAGCAAAAUGGAACAUACACAUGUGAAGCUUCAAACGGUGUUGGAUCGACCGCUUCGAAGACUGCUGCUCUCACUGUCUAUUAUGGACCUGAAUUCACGAGCAACAGCUCUAGCCUAACUACCUGUAGACCACGGACAGGAAUCGUUAGAUGCGUUGCAGAUGGCUUUCCUGUACCAACCGUUAGAGUAAUGUUUUCAAAUACUGAGAAGGCAAGAGGACAGGGACAAGUUAUUCAUAUAAUAACUGACUUGGCAGACAGUACCUUCGGAGUAUACACAUGCUUGGCAAACAAUACCGUCAAGGAAGUGAACAUAACUAGAACCUUGGUUAAAAAAGAUGCUCCUGAUGCUCUCACAGAUGUUAAACUAAAACAAGGUUCUGAUAGCAGCAUUGAAGUGACAUGGCGUUUGCCCGUGUGCACAGGAGCUAGUGGCAUAAAGGCAAUCAGGAUUAAGUAUAAGAAGACAGGCGAAUCGACAUGGAAAACAAAAGAUGUACAAAGUAGCGACACCAAAGCUACUAUUGACAAACUGGAAAGCAACACAGAAUAUGAAGUGCAAGUUUUUAUUGUGGAUGGAAAUGAUAGAGAGCAUGCUGGGCUUCAAUCAUCACAGAGAACAGGUACGACUUCAGGAUCGACUGGUGAAUCAAAUGCUGGACUUGUUGGUGGAAUCAUUGGCGGUGUUCUGUUUCUGGUUAUCGUCAUUGUUGUUUGUGUGGCCUUCAGCAAGCGACGAAGAAGUGCUUCAACAGUAAUACCGAGCGAGCCACUGCACUUCUCACUUCAGCCAAAUGGGAAUAAUAAAAUGCUAGUAAAAUGGUGUGCACCAAAACAUGUCAACUUGUAUGAAAUAAAUCAUUACGAUAUAUAUUGGAAGAAGGUAAAAGGUCCUGAGGAUGUGAAGAGCGUGAAAGGCUCAGCUGGAUCAUUUGAGGAGGACAUAGAUGGCCUAAAACCAGGCACUCUGUAUGAGUUCAGGAUCGUCGCCGUGAUGACCGAUGGUUCCAUUGGCAGAUGUAGUAUGCCUAAAGUUCAACGAACAAAUUCCGAGUACAGCUCAAACGGAUACAGGGGCGACACGGCAAAAAGUGAUAUCCCUCUUACCGGGGUCAAUGGUGACGGUAAAUCGCAUUACAGGGCACCAGAUGGUUCACUGUAUGCUUCUGUCAGUAAAAAGACGAAGUCUGACCAAAUAGAUGGAGCGGUAGAUAACCCUAAAUUCGUCGCUGACUCAGACGGAGCCUACGACCCAGUCGUUCCAAACAAUAAUGCGACGCCAAAGCAAUCGCCAGCUGCAAAUAAAAAGGCCGAAGGGACAUACGCAGAGCUGAGUACGUUCUCGCCAAAGGAUAACGGUAAAACUAAAGAACAGCCCGUUAAAACUGAAUACGCAACACUGGAGGAAAUAGGCCCCUUGACGCCCUUCGAUAAACCCGCUGAAGCAGAGGAAGAAGCCAAGAGCAACGAGGAUCCCCCUUCUCAUAAAAUCACCGUUGCACCAGAGACGGAAGAUGUCCCUGAACCAGAAGUGACAGUGACACCCCCACCCUCAGAUGAUUCUUCGGCCAAAGUUGAUAUCAUAUAAGAGGUGAACGAUUUUCCCUCUUUUCAGGGGCCAAUCUCUUCGUUCCUUGGAACCAUUUUCUUUUUUCUUUUUUUUUUGCUUAUCGACGGAAAAGUCUUUUCAAAUCCGAGUGAUAUCGUCGAACGUGCUUUUUGCAAACGUUUUUGAUAAAAGAUCUCUCGUGUUUGAAUAUAUUGUGGAACUUCUUUGAUGAAUCGAACGGCCAAUGAUUUGCAAGAUUUUAUCAAGUAUUUUGAAAGGUACUUUGAUACAGACUGGUUUUCCUAGCUAUGCAGAUAUUAAUUGCAACCAGCCAUAUUUUUGUUCAGGAUGUUUUGAACUGCAUGGGAUACCUAAAACGAGUUUUUACUUGGCAAAACUUUCAUUUUAAAAAAGUUCUAAUAAUUUUUAGUUAUUGUCUCAAAUUCUAAAUUAUUGGCAAGGUUCCCGAUUUAUGUCAACUCUACACUCCCUAUUUCAAAUCACUUUCAAAUUCUGUCUCAGGCUUAAAGGCAAUCUGUCACGACGUUGAUUGGUUAUAAGAACAAAGGGAUUUCUAUUGUUUCCAGUCCCUCUUUAAUUUAUCGCAUUGUAAAAAAUAUGACGGAGCGCUGGAAUCGUGUUUAGGCUAUUGUUCCAGCUAUUGUUCUCGUUAACCAAUCCACAACGAGACAGAUUGCCUUUAAGGUAAGGCGUUAUGUGAUUGAAACCUUGUCAGUCGUUAUGGUUUGCUAAAAGUCUCCCCAAUAUGGCAUCAUGACUCAUUAUUUAUUUGUUAUGACAGAGAUCGCCGUACAGUAGUAAUAGCAAUCUAAAGUAAAGUCUUUGAAAGAUGCGUCAUUGUCAGAUUUAGGUUAACUUCAAAAAGGCAAGAUGAAUAUUGAAGAGUUUAAGUUAUUUUGUUUGAGUUACUAAGACUGACAACGCCUUCUCAAUCUUUCAAGGAAUCAAAACUCGUUUUAGCUGCUCAUCAGCCAAUGAAUUUCUGCUUCCCCUAUUCAUCAUUUCAUACAAUGAGCACAUCUGUUGAUCGAGAUGUUCCAUUAAAUGCUCAUUGUCAUUCCCUAUGUGGACCUAAUGGUGUUUCGCUGAAGUUUACCGGAUGUAAUAUUUUGGCUAUUAAAAACAAUUCUGCUGUCUCGGCAAGGGAUCAUAUUUUCCCUUUUAUUAUUCAAUGGUUUAAUAGGAAUCACUCGGAUUUUGUUUUUAGUUGAUUCCAAGUUGAUUUUGUUUGAAUUCUUGUUAAAACGUUAUCACACAGACAUUUUGCGUAAAGUUGAAUACCGAGAUAUUUAACUAUUUUGGGAUUCGUAGUUUCGAAAAGGUAUUCUUAUCCCUUUUGUUAGAGUCGUAAUUAAAAAUCAUGCUUGAACAAAGCAAGAUCCUUUAUUAUUCACUGUAUCAUAUUAGUGACAGUUUAGCAAAAAAAGCCCCACUUCGUAGGUUUGCAUGGGUUUAAAGAAAGCUUUCUAGCCUUCUUCCAUUCUAGAUAAUUUUAAUGCCACUUAGAUAUUUCAGGCCGAAUCAUUCUUUUUGCAGUGUAACUAAAAAGGUGCUUAUAUUAGAAUUCAACCACCAUUUUGGCUUGGCAUUUUGAACAACUGCACGACCCCAGUAGAAUUUGUUUCCCUUUUUCAGUAGAAUAACGACGACCUGCUUCGUUAGAUGACGUCAUAUUUUCGUUAUAAUUUCGUUCCUAGUUUUUCUUCGGGAAUCGAACAGCACCAGGCUGUCAUAGCUCCCUUGCGCAACAGGGGCAUUAACUUAUUAUGAGGCUGCUGUCUUUUUGGUACUGCAGCUAAACACAAUAGCGAUGAAAAUAGUUUUUCAAAGUUGAAGUUUUCCGAUUUUGAACGACAGGAUUGUUGUUUUAGGCUUAAAAACACUGUUGAAGACAAUAUGUAUUCGUAAUUAUACUUUUAAAUUCCAUCUUUUUGCUUUCAUACUCGAAUUUAAGUAUGAAUUUCAAUUACAUUUUGUUGUUUUCCUUUCCUUUAUGUCGCUGUAUAAUCUAUAAAGAAGGCGUUAUAUGUUAUUGUUGUAAUAUUAGAAUUUUUAUGAUUUGAUGUCAAUAAGGUAUACUAGUUUUAAUCGCACAAAGUGCAUCGAUUAUCGUUGUUAUUGCUUUUGAUCCAAUAUGCGAUUUUUCAAUCUUUGGAAUGUAUUCUAGAAAUCGUUAGGCCUCUGUCGUUUUUCUUUGCAGAUUAUUUCCUCGACACUUUUACUUUUGUUGAUGCAACUUUUAUUGGUUUAUUUGUAAGGGAAUCGCAAUAUUGACUGAAAUAUAUUAUUAAUAGUUUGAUAUUUAAGCAAAUGUGAUGAUUAUUAUACUUAGCUUUUUAAUGUAAUUUUUGAUGUUUUAAUCAUGUUGAUAUAUUUCCAUAGAAACUGUUGUAGAAAAUCGUUAGCAGUAUUUAGAUAAAAUUCAAUGAUUAUGGGAUUAAUUUUAGUGCACUUAUUAUGCAACGAAAUAUAUGCUUCAUUUCAUAUAUAUGUUCUUUAUGCGUAUGAUGGGUAGAAAGCCA